AUGUUUGUUAGUAAAACAACAAAAAUUAAAACUCCUAUUCAAGCAUCAUUAACAUUAACUCCUAUGCCAAUACCAAUGUCAACAUUCUAUCCUUAUCCAUUUUCCUUUUAUAAUUAUAAUUCUUCUCCUAAAUUUUCUUCACCUUAUCCUCCUUCAGUUUCUAAUCAUAAUAAUUCUCAAAUAACUAAUAUAUCUAUACCAACAAUUCAAAAAUUUUUAGAAGAUUUGGAUGAAGAAUUUGGAGUGGGAAAGUUUACAAAUUAUUCAGAUAAUUUUGUUGAUGAAUCAAUUGAUGUGUUAGACAUUCUAGAUUUAGAAGAAAAGGAUUUUGAUAAAUUAGGCAUUACAAAUAUUGGAAUUAGAACCAAAUUA